GAAUUUUUUUGACAUAAAAAAGGGAAGGGGCUUUCUGUUCCUCGUUCAGUGCUAGAGGUUACGAAAAAUUUUUCCAUUUUUCAUUUUACUAAAUAUUUUCCACAAUGGCUUUCGGUGAUUAUCCUGCCGACUAUAAUCCUAAAGUUCACGGACCCUAUGACCCUGCACGUUUUUAUGGAAAGCCUGAUACUCCUUUUGGACAAGUAAAAGUUGGCGAAAUUGGUUCCUGGUUGGCUCGCCGUAAUAAGUCUCCAUCAGCUCUCGCUGGUGCUUUUAGCAGAGCUUAUUGGAGAUGGCAACAUAAGUAUGUUCAACCCAAAAAGUCUGGUAUUGCACCAUUCUUACAAAUAGUAGUUGGAUCAAUGAUUUUCUUCUAUACCAUUAAUUACACCAAACUCAGCCACCACAGAAACUACAAAUAUCACUAAACUUAUGAUCUAAAUUUUUAGUAGUAUCACUGAAUUGUAUGUUAUAAUUAUUGUAUUUCCAAUAAUCCACAUUGUAAUGUAAAUCUGUUGAUUAAAACAAGUGUAACUUCUACAAAAU